AUGAAUCCGAGCAGUCAGGAUGUUUCUGAUAUCGAUGCCGCGGUGGUCCGAGUCAGCAGCGGUGCUGCCAGUGCUGGUGUUGACGUCUUCAAGCCAGCCGAAGUCCUAUCCCUGGGCGCCGCUGUUAUCGGUAUUCCUAAGUCUGAUUUCACCCCGCCAGAUCACAGUCUGUCCCUGACCAGCGACAGCAGACCUGCAAGAUACAGCUUGGACGGAUGGCAUCACACGGCCAGUCUUUGGGGGCUCGUAGCCCAUGACCAGCUAAGACCCAUCAAUCAACCAGACCAGACCAGGGCCGAUGCACGGCUGGUAGCGCCAGCGAUCGGAGGCUCAGCUCACGGAAGAUCGACCGAGCUCCCCGCUCCUAGCGCCGCUCGAGCGUCGGGCGGGUACAUUCUCAGGUACGGAUAUGGAAGUAGGGACGCGUUAAAUCCAAUCGGAGCUUUAAGGAAGCAGCGUGUCCUCCGGGAUGUUGCACUUGCAAUCCGAUCCCGACGCAAAUGCGGCGGAAUGUCGACGGCCGUGACAUCGUCGUCCGACGCGGAAAUGCCUGCGUUCCUCACAAGUCGGGUCUGGGCUGCACCGCUUCCGACAAUGCCUCCAGGCGUUGAGCUUCCCAGAGGACCCCAUCAAGCCUUCCCACGAGACUGGUCUGGACUGCGGUAUUCUGCCCUUGUACUUGUGUAUCCGCCAUUGGCCUCCUUCGCCCUUCGCGGACAUGUGAAACCCCUCUUCCUUUGA